AUGGCUGACGUUGCUGUUGAAGAGAAGGUGGUGGAAGAGGUAGCAAGGCUGAGUUGCAAUGCAAGCAAUUUCGAUGGUGUGCUGAUCGAUUCGGCCAGGACUUGUCUAAAUGCACCUGGACUGAACACCCUUGAAAACAAGGUCAAACUGCUAGUGCUGAAGGAACUGAAGAAGCUGUGGGACAAGGAGGAGCCUGACCUUCCCUGGCAGCAGGGGGAGUUCUCGCACUCAAACACCCUCCUCGUGGACGAUUCCCCUUACAAAGCUCUGCGCAAUCCGCCGCACACCGCCAUUUUCCCUUGCCCCUACAGCUACAAGAACGACAAGGACGAUGCACUGGGAUCUGGUGGAGAACUUCGCUUGUACCUGGAGAGCCUUGCCACUGCAGAGGAUGUUCAGCGUUAG